ACGCGUUUAAUCGCAGAGUAUUAAGCACGCGCCUCCUCCUUGAUUCUCUCCUCCCAAGUCACACCACUCUUGAUCUUGCUCCCCCUUUCCCCUCUCCCCGAUCGCCUCACGAGAACCACCGCCAUGGCGACCGCGUACUAUGGCAGCUCCAGGUCCCGCGACGCCCCGACCGACGAGCCGGACGACUUCGACGAGUUCGACUCCACGCCCUACGGCGGCGGCUACGACCUCUUCGUCACCUUCGGCCGCCCGCUCCCGCCCUCCGACGAGACCUGCUACCCCUGCUCCGCGCCCUCCACCUCCUACGACGCGCCCCACUACGCCUCCGAGGAUCCAUCCCCCUACGCGCACCACCAGAAGCCCCAGCCCGCCUACGGCUUCCGCCCCCAGCAAGAGCAGAAGCAGCAGCAUCAGCAGCCGUCCUACGGUGACGACUCCGGUUACGGAUCCAAGCCCCAGGCCGCCUAUGGCUUCCGCCCCCAGGAGGAGGAGCAGCAGUCCUACGGCUCCGGUUAUGGAUCCAAGCCCCAGCCCGCCUAUGGCUUCCGCCCACAGCAAGAGGAGGAGCAGUCCUACGGAUCCGGCUAUGGAUCCAAGCCCCAGCGCACGGAGGAGGACACCUACGGAUCUGGAUAUGGCAGGAAGCCGCAGGAGGAGGUGAGCUACGGCUCUGGGUACGGCAGCAAGCCGCAGGCGGAGGAGAGCUAUGGAUCUGGGUACGGGACCAGGCCGCAGCAGGAGGAGAGCUACGGCUCUGGGUACGGAUCUAAGCCGCAGGUGGAGCAGAGCUACGGAUCGGAGUAUGGUUCUGGGUACGGAAGGAAGCCACAGGGGGAGGAGAGCUAUGGGUCGGGGUACGGAAACAGGCCGCAGGGGGGAGAGGAGUACGGUAGUGGUGGGUAUGGUGGAAGAAAGAAGCAGGAAGACAGCUAUGGUUCCUCGGAGCAUGGCUAUGGCAGGAAGACUGAGGAUGACAGCUACGGUGGUUCUGGGUAUGGAUACGGGAAGAAGGCGCAAGUGGAGGACGAAGGUGCAUAUGGCUCUGGGUACCAGAAGCCGAAGCCGUAUGGAGAGGAGACUCAGGGUUCAUAUGGCUAUGGAGAGGAGAAGCCCAGAUAUCAGAGUGGUGGGUAUGAGAAGCCGAGCUAUGGCGGGGGUGAGGAGUACCAGGGGAGCCACGGCCGUAAGAAGCAUGAUGACGACGACGACUCUGAUGAUGAAAAGAAGAAACGAUAUGAGAAGCACCACAACCGUCGCCACCACGACUAUGAUGAUUAAGCAUGCAGCGCGGUCUUGAUCUGCUGCGAUCGCCCCCAUAUCCAGCUACUGCAUGAAUAAGGAUGAUCUCUUUCCCUUCCGGACACUGGAUCAUUCCUCUUUAAUGUACUUGUCCUUGUGGGUGUGGUUUAUAUAUUUCAAUUGGACCAAAAGAACUGCGUUAUACCUUGUUUGUAUGCUUCAGAUGGUGCCACUGUUGACUGGAUUGUCUGAAACGUGAUUCCGUUCUGUGCUUC